GAGGACAAGGCUUUGAUGGUGGUGAAGAAGGAUCCUCUGUUCUUCGGACCUCCUCCUCCCUGUCUGCCGCCUGUCAACAGGACCAAAUGCCUCAGGUUGAACCAUGAGCUGCGAGGCUGGGUCCAUCGACAUGAGGUGGAGCGGACCAAGACCAGACGCAUGAGCAACAGCCAACACCGAGCAAACAGGACUAUCCCUGUACGCACAGUACUGAUGCAUCUAGUAAAGCAGCACCCUACACGCAACCACACACACUGACACACGCGCAC